AUUAAACUGAUGACAACUGUUCAAUUUUCUCAUCAUUGUUUUCACAACAAACACGCACAAGCUAUUUAUAUUGAUAUUUUAAUUCUUAUUACUAGUCAUUAAAGUUUUAAUGAUUAACAUACGAAAUAUUUAUACAAUAGGUAGGUACAGCAUUUAUUCUUUCGCGAACUUCGUAACGUUAAUAAUUUAUUAAUUUCCUUUAACAAACUAUUAAUAGUUAGUGUUAAAUAUUUCAAAAUACAUUUUAGUUUCAGUAUUAAGUACGCAUAUUGAACAAUGAACUAUUCCAGAUAAUAUUAUCGACGGUCGUUGAAUAAUCUUCAUUAAAUCAUGUUCUUAAGUUAAAUAUAUUUAUUGAAAAUAUCAUAAUAUGCACGUUUCAAACAUUUAAUAUAAUAUUAUAUUUUAAAAAUCUUUUUGUAAAUAAAGUACACGUACGUUUAUAUUAUUUUUUAACAAAAUAACAACAUUGAUUUUAUUACUGGUAUAUAUUACAUUGGGGAUUUCAAUAAACGGAUGUAUUUUUAAAUAGAUAAUCACCAAAGCAACGGAUUCUGGCAAAAAAUCGAAUCUGUAAGAACAUGACGUUUGAUAAAAGCAUAUUGGAAUCCAACGAAGUUUCCAUCAACUUGAAAUUAUUUAAGUUCAUUCGAUUUUUUCACCUAUUUGAUCCAAAUAUCAAAAAAAUUUGUAAUUUAAAUGUUUACCAUCUAGCUUGGUAUAUUAUAAAUUGUGUUAUUGGUUGUAUAGUAAUUUAUGGAUUGUUAGGUUAUUUUACUGAGAAGGAAGAUAUACUCAAUAUCGUUAAUCAAAUACAGCUAAUGUUUUGUGGCUUACUUUAUUAUUCAAGUUUACUAAAAAUAAUCAUAUUUUUAUAUAAAGCAAAUAGCAUUUGGGAUUUACUCCGGGUCUCUCAUAUGAAUUUUUUGACGAGUUCACAGUGUAAAACACAUAUUGGAAUUCUCCAUACACAUCGAAAUCAAUCAAUAAAAAUUACAAAUUUUAUAAGUGGCUUUGGAAUUGUGAUUGCCUUGGAAUGGAUCAUGUUUCCUCUACUGCUACAGUUGUUACAAAAAGAAGACGUAAACAAAUUAAAUCAACGGUUUGAAAACAUUUUCAACUUUCCGUUCCCAGUGACCAUAAAUUAUUAUAAUAAUAAUUAUGUUAUAUUUUAUAUUAUGGAAUCAUUUAUCGCAAUGUAUAUGUUAUACAUAUACGUAGUGGUCGAUGUCUUCUUUAUUUCAGUCUGCUAUGUUAUGAUCGCUCAUUAUGAGAUGAUAAAAAGAGCUUACGAAAAUGUCAACACUGAACUGGUUUCCGAAAAUAAUAAUAAAAACAAAAAUUAUUGUAAUGACUGUAUUUAUGAUUUAGUAUCGAUUAUGAAGGAUCAACAAAAACAUUUUGCGAAGUUAAAAUUAUUUUAUUCCACGUAUAAGUUUAUUAUCUUAUCAACUGUUACAAUAAAUUCAGGAUCUAUCAUAAUAUUAACAUAUGCAUCUGUUGUGAUUUUUACGUCAUCAGAAUCUAUACCAAUUCUUAGUGUAAUGAAGUUGAUAUCAGCAUUUGGAUACAUGUUUGUUGUUUUAUUUUUCCUUUGCUAUUUAAUGGAACGCAUUAAUAAUAAAAUAGAAUCGGUUCACUUGGGGAUGUAUAGUUGUAAUUGGACUGCGAUGAAUUUAAGAUCAAGAAAAAUGUUGUUGAUAUCAAUGCAGUUGAAUAAUGCUAAUAAAUUGAUGAUUAAAAUAACACCGAAAAAAAUUAUCAAUCUACAAUUGUAUAAUAGCGUAAUAAUCACAUGCUAUAACGUUCUUUCGGCUAUGCUGAAUACACGUUCUGAAUAAAAAAUCAAGAUAAAGUAAUAUAAUCAACAAUACCUCAAAUAGUCAAAUAUAUUUUGAUUUGUUUAUUAUUUUAAUUAUUAUUGACAAUGAAUAAAUUAUUAAUUUUUAUUACAUAAAAUUAAAACUUAAUUUUGUCUCACUUAUAAAUUUAAAAUUUUUCAAUUAUAUAAAAUAAGUUACGAGUUAUUACCUAGUAAUUAGUAAUCAGCAAAAUAAUCUGUAGACUCGAAUUCAAUAAAUUUUGUUAAUUUUUUGACAUUCUAGAACGAAUAACCUUACAACUACUUGAUAGUUUUGUAGAAUAUUAAUUGUAAAAGCAUUUUCCAUACAAUAGUGUUAAAAUUUGAAUUUUGGUAAAAGUAGUCAAAAGCUCUAAAGUCAAAAUUUGAAUAGGUCCCAAUAAUAUUAAAGUAUAUUAUUGUGAAUUCAUAACCUAAAUGACAAACGAGGAUUAGCUUUCUUGAAGAAUCAUU